UCCAGUCUCCCAGUGUUCAACGCCAGCGGGUGUAUUGAACUGCGAGUGCCCGGAGCUGGGAGUGUCAGUGUGUGUCUGUGUCCGUGUGUCCUGAGCGGGGAUCUGGGGGUCUGCGCGAUGAGUGAGCUGAACCUCGAGUACCAGGGGGUCCUCUUUCCGACCCACGUCCACUCGGUGGACAGCCUGAGCUACAGCCGCGACCACUUCCAGGUGCGGGACGAUGACCUGUUCAUCGCCACAUACCCCAAGUCAGGCACAACAUGGAUGCAAGAAAUAAUCCCUCUGAUCUACAACAGCGGGGAUCUGACACCAGUCCUGACCAUUCCAAACUGGCGCAGAGUCCCCUGGUUAGAGCAGGUAACCGGUAAAGGCCUACUGGAGGAGAGACCAUCACCCCGAUACAUGGUAACGCACCUUUGUCACCACAUGAUGCCGAAGACCUUCUACUCAUCAAAGGCCAAGGUAAUAUAUGUGGCCCGCAACCCAAAGGAUGCCCUUGUGUCCUCUUAUCAUUACCACAACAUGGCCACAUUCCUGGAUGACCCAGGCACUUUUGAGGAGUUCAUUGACACCUUCUUGGAAGGAAAGGUGAUGUUUGGCUCCUGGUUUGACCACAUUCGGAGCUGGUGGCCGUUAAAGGAUAAGGAUAACUUCUUGUUUCUAACCUACGAAGAAAUGCUGAAGGACAUGCGAGGAGCUCUGGUGAAACUUGGGGCCUUCGUUGACAGGCCUCUGAGUGAGGCUGCAAUGGAGUCGAUUGCAAAUCAAUGUAAAUUCACCAACAUGAAGCAGAACAACAUGUCCAACUACAGCUUUGUACCCAUGGAAGUGAUGGAUCAAAAGAAAGGCAACUUUUUAAGAAAAGGCAUUGCUGGCGAUUGGAAGAACCAUUUCACCGCAGCCCAGACUGAGCAUUUUAAUUCCGUGUUCGCCCGCCGAAUGGAAGGAUUAAAUUUCCCGUACUACGGAGACUGACGGAGCAAGGAUCGCUCGCCCAGGACUGCAGACUUCGCAAAACCUGUACUCGCCUUUCCUCACUGCCGCUAAAGCUUGAUUCCGUUCGCAAAGAAAUAUGAUGUUUCAAUCAGUGUUGCCUUACUUUGACUUGCCCUUGUUUCUGUACUACUGUGAUGUAGGCCGAAUGGUACUAAUAGCAUCAUCCAGCUGGCUAUUGUUGCUUGAAGAUAGACAUGGUGGCACAGCAGUAGAGUUGCUGCCUCACAGCAAAUUCAGCCCCGGAGACCCAGGUUCGACCCCGACUUCAGGUGCUGUCUGUACGGAGUUUGUACGUUCUCCCUGUGACCUGCUGUGGGCUUUCUCCGAAAUCUUCGCUUUCCUCCCACACCCUAAACACGUACAGGUUUGUAGGUUAAUUGGCUUGGUGUAAAUGCAAGUUGUCCCUAGUGGGUGUAGGAUAGUGUUAGUGUGCGGGGAUCGCUGGUCGGCACGGACGCGGUGGACCGAAGGGCCUGUUUCCGCGCUGUAUCUCUAAACUAAACUAAACUAAAAAUGCUGGAGUAACUCAGCCGGACAGGCACCAUCUCUGGAGAGAAGGAACGGGUGUCGAUUCAGACCCUUCUUCAGACCGAAACGUCUUUCCAGAGAUGCUGCCUGUCCCGCUGAGUUACUCCAGCAUUUUGUGUCUAUCUGCGGUGUAAACCAGCAUCUGCAGGUUCCUUCCUACACAUUUGGUCUGCUGAUGCUUGAAACACGUUUUGUUUUCGCCACUUAACAGGAUACGGUGAAAUAGCUAGUUGUACAACAAAAUUAAUCCAGUUGUCAAAAAUGUUUUUCUAAUAUGUCUUGAAAGUUUCACAUCAACUUUAUUGCUUUGAUGCUCACACUUUUAUCAAAAAAAGUUAUGCUUUUUGAAACUGUAACACUAUAAUGCUGUAAAACAUAGAAACA